AUGUUCCAACGCUUCAUGACUGUUCUCCAACAGUCGAGCAUGGGCACGGAAGCCGAAUCUGAAAGCACCAUAGAGGAGCGAAUCGGCCUUACCUCACUCUACCCAAAGAGCAGCAAGGACACAUCCAAGCCACGGAAGAACCUCAUCCUACGAACAGUUGCUGCCGUUCUCGUUGCUACCCUGGCUAUAUGCGGAGCUUACGCGGUCGGAGCCCAAGCGAUCGAAACGCUGACACGGGAUGACGCCCCAUGCCUGUGCGGAUUCACAACUGCCGAGGGAAUUUCGCGGAACUGCCAGUUCGAUGAGAUUGAGUUAUGUUGGUUGAGACCGGAAUGCAUUGACUUCGAUCUCACGCAUGAGUUCACGACAGCCUCUCGUUCUGACAAGGGGGGCGCCUGGCUAUACCAGACGGAGAUGGAUGGCAAGUACCGUCUCAUCAACGGGACCGAGCUAUCCAUGCUGAUCGAGCCCGGGAGGACCAUAUGGUUUACCUACGAGCAACAUGUUGUGCAUUGCAUCUUCUCGUGGAGGAAGCAGUUCCGACAGCAAUUCACAGGCACUGUGAUGCAUAUGACCGCAUCGGAUGAGGGACAUAUCAGACAUUGCGGUGAGAUGUUCAUGCUCAAUGCUAGCCUGGAAGAGAGGCGAACCAAGCUGGUAUACCCGUCUGAAGUGUCGUCAGAUUAG